AGCGUGUCGUGUGGCUGCUGAGUGGUUAGGCGAAGGGGAGCAGAGCCCGAGGAGUUUUUGCAAAAGAGGAGGUCUUCGAUCCGGCACUUCUUUUACAGAAGAAUUUGGCAGAGGAGGAAGGUGAUUGGCUAGUCCAGGUGGAGGCUGUCUGGAGAGGAAAGGAGGAUGAGGAGAGAGCCAGGAUCAGUUGGACCAGAAGAAAGAAGAGGCCCUUGUGCCACUGAGGCUGGGAGCAGAAGGGAACUGUGGGAAGGAAGAGUGCAGAAGGGCCUGGGAGAGGAUUUUCUCCCUUCAGAUGUGCAGCGCCAGCAAUUCAGGCACUUCCGCUACCAGGAGGCCGAAGGGCCCCGAGAGGCUUGCAGCUGCCUCCACCAUCUUUGCCACCAGUGGCUGAAGCCAGAGAGGCACACCAAGAAGGAGAUCCUGGACCUGGUGGUCUUGGAGCAACUCCUGGCCGUCCUGCCCCCGGAGAUGGAGAGCUGGGUCAGGGAAUGCGGUCCGGAGACCAGUUCCCAGGCGGUGGCCCUGGCAGAAGGCUUCCUCCUGAGCCAGGCAGGUGCCAAGAAUCGGGACCAGCAGGUGCAGGAAAAAAUCACACAGGAGCGUUACCACGAAGCAGCUUUUCCAGGCGGGGCCUUGAAAGAAGUGAUCUGUUCUUUGCCAUCUCUUUGCGGAAGACAGAAGGCGGUUUCCGUGUGGCCAGAUCGGGCUCCGGUGACCUUCGAGGAGGUGUCCGUGCAUUUCACGGAGGAGGAAUGGGCUCUGCUGGGUCCGGACCAAAGACACCUUCACAGGGAAGUCACGGAGGCCAAUCGUCAGGCUGUGGCCUCUCUGGCAGGAGGCGUGUGGGAGUCAGCAAAUGAAAUGAGAAAAUAUCCAGUGAUGGAGAAAGAGGAGCCGUAUUCAGAUGGGAAAGAGAAGGCUGAAUAUCAUGAUACCCCGAUGAAGGAGGAGGGAAAAGAUCCUUAUAGAGGGAGGAAUACUUUUGUUCUUGCAGGUGGGAGUGACUCUAUAUUGGAAAAAAUAUACAAAGGAGAGAAUAAGAAUGAAGUCACUGCAAGCAGGGAAAAUGUCCUUAACAAAUCAGAUAUUAAUAGUCAAUGGAGGACAUAUAACAAAAAGAAAAUAUUUCAGUGCCUGAAGUGUGAAAAAAGCUACUCUCGGAGUGACAGCCUUCGUUCCCAUCAAAGAAUUCAUACAGGCGAGAAAAUAUAUAAAUGCCUGGAAUGUGAGAAAAGCUUCAGUCAGAAUGGCAACCUUAAAUCCCAUCAAAGGAUUCACACAGGGGAGAAACCGUACAAAUGCCUCGAGUGUGGGAAAAGCUUCAGUCAGAAUGGAAACCUUAAAACCCAUCAAGGUAUUCACACUGGAGAGAAACCAUAUAAAUGUUUAGAAUGUGGGAAAAGCUUUGGGCAGAGUAGUAGCCUUUAUUCCCACCAAUGUAUUCACACUGGGGAGAAGCCAUAUAAAUGCCUCGAGUGUGGGAAAAGCUUCAGUCAGAAUGGAAACCUCAAAACCCAUCAAAGUAUUCACACUGGAGAGAAACCGUAUAAAUGCCUGGAAUGUGGGAAAAGCUUCAGUCAGAAUGGCAACCUUAAAUCCCAUCAAAGGAUUCACACAGGAGAGAAACUAUAUAGAUGCCUGGAGCGUGGGAAAAGCUUCAGUCAGAAUAGAGAUCUUGCUGUUCAUGAAAGGAUUCACAAAGGAGAGAAACCAUAUAAAUGCCUAAAGUGUGGAAAAUGCUUCCGUCAGAGAGGACGCCUUAAUUCCCAUCAAAGGAUUCACACAGGGGAGAAACCAUACAAAUGCCUGGAGUGUGGGAAAAGCUUCAGUCAGAAUGGAAACCUUAAAACCCAUCAAGGUAUUCACACUGGAGAGAAACCAUAUAAAUGUCUAGAAUGUGGGAAAAGCUUUGGUCAGAGUAGUAGCCUUUAUUCCCACCAACGUAUUCACACUGGAGAGAAACCAUACAAAUGUCCAGAGUGUGGGAAAAGCUUUGGUCAGAGUAAAAGCCUUUAUUUCCACCGACGUAUUCACACUGGAGAGAAACCAUAUAAAUGUCCAGAGUGUGGGAAAAGCUUUGCAACUCUGGGAAACCUUAAUUUCCAUCAAAGGAUUCACACAAGGGAGAAAACAUACAAAUGCCCGGAGUGUGGAAAAAGCUUCAGUCAGAGCAGAGAUCUUGCUGUUCAUCAAAGGAUUCACAUAGGAGAGAAACCAUAUAAAUGCCUGGAGUGUGGAAAAUGCUUCAGUAGGAGUGGAAUUCUUAAUCUCCACCAAAGGAUUCACACAGGGGAGAAACCAUAUAAAUGCCUGGAGUGUGGGAAAAGCUUCAGUCAGAAUGGAAACCUUAAAAUCCAUCAAAGCAUUCACACUGGAGAGAAACCAUAUAAAUGUCCAGAGUGUGGGAAAAGCUUUGGUCAAAGUAGAAGCCUUUAUUCCCACCAAAGUAUUCACUCUGGGGAGAAGCCAUAUAAAUGCUUAGAGUGUGGAAAAUGCUUCAGUGAUAGAAAAUUUCUUUAUUCCCACCAAAGAAUUCACACUGGAGAUAAACCAAAUAAAUGCUUGGAGUGUGGGAAAAGCUUUAGUCAGAAUAGAGAUCUUGCUGUUCAUAAAAGAAUUCACACAGGAGAGAGACCAUAUAAAUGCCCUGAGUGUGGGAAAAGCUUCAGGCAGAUGGGAAACCUAUAUUCCCACCAAAGAAUUCACACAGGAGAGAAACCAUAUAAAUGCCUGGAGUGUGGAAAGAGUUUCUGUAAUAGGAGCAGCAUUUAUACCCACAAAAAAAUUCACACUGGGGAUAAACCUUAUAAAUGCCUGGAGUGUGGAAAAAGCUUCAGUCAGAAUAGAGAUCUUGCUGCUCAUGAAAGGAUUCACACAGGAGAGAAACCAUAUAAAUGCCUGGAGUGUGGAAAAAGCUUCUGUAAUAGGAGCGGCCUUUAUACCCACAAAAGAGUUCACACUGGGGAUAAACCUUAUAAAUGCCUGGAGUGUGGAAAAAGCUUCAGUCAGAAUAGAGAUCUUGCUGUUCAUGAAAGGAUUCACACAGAAGAGAAACCAUAUAAAUGCCUGGAGUGUGGAAAAUGCUUCAGUAGGAGGGGAAUCCUUUAUCUCCACCAAAGGAUUCACACAGGGGAGAAACCAUAUAAAUGCCUGGAGUGUGGGAAAAGCUUCAGUCAGAAUGGAAACCUUAAAUCCCAUCAAAGGAUUCACACAGGAGAGAAACCAUAUAAAUGCCUGGAGUGUGGAAAAUGCUUCAGUAGGAGGGGAAUCCUUUAUCUCCACCAAAGGAUUCACACAGAGGAGAAACCAUACAAAUGCCUGAAGUGUGGGAAAGGCUUCACUCAGAAUAGAGAUCUUGCUGUUCAUGAAAAGAUUCACACAGGAGAGAAACCAUACAAAUGUCUCCAAUGUGGGAAAAGCUUCAGUCAGAGUGAUAAACUUACUUCCCAUCAAAGAGUUCAUGUAGGAGAAAAACCAUAGAGAUUCUUGAAGUAUGGAAGGAUGUUAUGUCAGGUAUAUUGGCUGUCAAAAUUAGCAAGCAGUUUGACAAAAAACUGUAAUAUUGUGUUCCAUAGUUCAGUAUAAUUACAUGAAAGCUUUCAGAACUGACAACCAAAUCCUACAACCCACUAGCCACUGCAUGUGGGCAUUCGACAAAGGAGGGGAAAUCCUGCAUUCCCCUCUUCAUGGACCAGAUUGCAAAAUGAGUGAACCAGAGACUCUAUCAAUCUGGGCAACAGCCACCAAUCAGAGUGGGCAAACAAACUGUAUAAACCGCACCCUACUAACUAGAUUAUAUGAAUAUAUCAACUUGUUUAAUAAAGCACUUUCAUAAGAAUCAUUAAUACAAGCAUAAUACAAAUUCACAUCAUCUGAGGAUCAACAUCCAUCAUAACCCAAUUCAAAUAUAUAAUUUUUGUUGUG